AUGCUCAUCGGCAUCUGUGGUGGCAUCUGCUCGGGCAAGAAAACCGUAGCCCAAUACCUCGUCGACCACCACGGCUUCAAACACCUCUACCUCGAGCCCCCCUCCCAGGAUACCUCCCAAUCCACUCCAUCCUCCACCACCACCACCUCCUCCUCUUCCGACCAGAAACAACAACCCCUCCCUCUCACCCACCCCUCACAACCCUACACCUUCCCCACCGUCGAAUCCCUCCUCGACUUCGUAACCAAACGCUGGCGCUCCCGCUUUGUAACAACAAACAUCCACAACGAAUCCAUCCUCGAUCUCCUCUCCCGCCGCCCCUUCUUCAUCCUCGUCUCCGUCGACAGCCCCCUCGUCAUCCGCCACCGCCGCUUCCAGGCCCAGCCCCACCGGCUGGACCUCACCCUCGAGCAGUUCGUCGCCCAAUCCGACGCCCACCUGUACGACCCCACCACGGGGCUCCAGCCGUUGAUCUCCCGCGCUUCCGUCCGCCUGCUCAACACGUCUGAAUCGCUGGCCCAUCUAUACGCUACGCUUGGCAAAAUCGACCUCGCGAACCCCGAACGGCUACGGCCUUCUUGGGAUAGCUACUUCAUGAGCCUCGCGUCGCUUGCCGCCCAGCGCUCGAAUUGCAUGAAGCGCCGCGUCGGUUGCGUCCUCGUCGGCAGGGAAAAACGCGUCAUUAGCACGGGGUAUAACGGCACGCCGAGGGGUUUGAGGAAUUGCGCCGAGGGCGGCUGUACGCGGUGCAACGAGGCGAAUUCUUCUGGCGUGGGUCUCUCUACGUGUUUGUGUAUCCACGCCGAGGAGAAUGCGCUGCUGGAGGCCGGUAGGGAGAGGAUCAGGGACGGCGCCGUGUUGUAUUGCGAUACUUGCCCUUGCUUGACUUGCAGUAUCAAGAUUUGCCAGGUUGGUAUUAGUGAGGUCGUGUAUAGUCAGGGGUAUAGCAUGGAUACCGAUACUGCGGCCGUGUUUCGCGAGGCUGGUGUCAAGCUGCGACAGUUCUCACCGCCCCCCAACGGCCUCAUCCACCUUGAACGGCUAGACAACUAG